CGCCUCAAAAGACCUAAGCGGAACAUAUAUUUGUUCGACUUGUUCCUUCCGGUUCAGUAUGCGGACGUACUGGCGGCUUUUCUUCAAAACAUUAUGGCGUCGAGACGAAAGACAGUAGCACCAAGUAGUUUUAAAAAUACUUCUUCUGAGGGAAAAGGUGUAAAAAGUGGAACGACAGCGGAUACCAAAGCGAACAACAGCGGGAAUGCAAAGAAAACUGUUAAACCGAGUGGCACCAUCGUCAAGUCUCGGUAUCUCCAAGCUGCUGAGAAGACUUCCCUGUCAAAGAGUAACUCUCUGACCAAUGAGUCGGUUGCAGCGCCUCAGCGUCCGUCUUCACCGAAACCCACCGCUGUCAAGCCAAAGUCGGGGACCCCAACCAGACGUUCAAUGGCGCCUCAAGCACUUGCAGUGUCGAUGAUGUCUAAUGAAACCGAACCAUCACUUCUGGGGAAAAGCGUUCUGCAGUCCACGUUUUCCGAUGGUUCCUGUUUCCGUCCAGACUUUGAUAUUUCAGUCAUCAAAGACAAAACUGUGAUUGAAAACACCGAGAAGUCGGACAUAAAUCCAGAAAUUGCAAAGAGGAUUGUUGAAAUGGACACUUUUCUGCUAGCUUACCUCACAGCCAAGAUGGAACACAAUAAUGCAAAAUUCAAGGCGGAAGCCGAGGCAAGGAUUUUGCAAGAGAUGGAGGAAGAAGAGAAGCUGCGUGAAGAGAUGAAAGAAAAGAAGCAUCGAUAUCUUCUAGCAGAGAAGAAGAGGACUCUGAAUGAACUGCUGGAUUUGCAGAUUGACAUACUGGAGCCUGUGGCCGAAGCUGCCAAGCAGUUUACCAGCGACUACAAGUGUUUUGCAUCCGCUGUCGACACCACCCGCCAUUACUUACCGGUCAAGAAUUUCCAUGUUGACGGAGAGGGAAGACAGUUUUUAGAUAAAGCUGAAGCCUGCCUGAAGGAAACCGAGUCCCUGUUGUUGGAGUGCACACAGAGAGACCACGUGGAGACCAGCACGUCUUUGGAGUCCCUCAGGGACAUGAAAACGGCAUCGAGAGAUAUCAGUCAGCAGCUGUCAGGAGCGGUUGCUGAGCUGCAGGAGCUGUCCUCAUUGGUCUGCCAACAUUCAGUCCAUGUGAAACAGGCUCAGGAGGAGGAGCAGCUCGGGACUUCAAGAACCAGGGAGCUGUUCUGCUCCAAGCAGUGAUGGACGCUCCGUCAGCAGAAAUGCACUUUGUAUAACCGCUUAACUCCGAGUCCCAGCCUUGUUCUGCCCGCUUUAGAUUUUUGUAACUAUUUUGAGUAUUUCUCUUUUUCACUGGCUGACUUUUUACCCAUUUUCCUUUUUAAAUGUUAAUUAAAGUAAGAAGUCUUAAUGAUCAGUUAUGUUGUGUUGAUAAAAACUUGUAUAAAAUAAAAGUGUAGAAAAUCCAUACUUUGAGUGUCAAAGUUUUAAGAAGUUCUAGGUCAAAAAUUGAAACAUUUUUGACCUUUUUCUCUUGGAAAACAGCAGCAUAUGAAGUGCAAACUCAUGUUUGACAAAUAAAAACUGAUCAGUCUAUAUUAGACCAGAAAAUAAUUUGUACAAUGAAUAAGGAGAUUGGUCAAAAAUAGGUUUGAUUAUAUCUUGAUAAAUAUUUUAAUGUAGGAUUCUUGACCACAGUAGGUGAAGUUUUUGGACCGUGACUGAAGCAUCUGCUGUAUCCAUCUGUUCCUGACGGAUGUAGAAGAGCUUUUUAGCUGUCUACUAAAUAAAUCUUUAGCAGGAAAUUUACG